CUCUCACUAACCUUCAGAACAGCAAACAGGAACCUUAUCCAAAAAAAUUGCACAAAUAUCUUAUCUCUGUACUUAUCCUAUAAAUUAGAAGUCUUUCUUUAGUAUCUUUGAAUCAUCCAUUGAUUAUCACACACAUCUUCACAACAACAUUAUUAUCAAGAUGCAGGCAGCUCUAACAAUUGCACCUCCUGUUGUCCCUUUAAAACCCUCAAAGAAUCUCUCACAGGUAACCUUUUCUCCGCCAAAAUUCGGUGUUUCAUCAAUUGCUCCCCGUAGCUCUGCAAUCAAAGCAGCUACUGCUACUGUAGAAUAUGAACCAUCCACGGUUGAUUAUAGCUCUACCCUCUCUGUGUUUCCAGCAGAGGCAUGUGAAACUAUCGGUGGAGAAGCCUGUUUGGCAGACAUAUAUCCUGAAGUAAAGCUGGAAAGGGAGGCCAGAAAUGAAGCUGGAAUUGCCUCAGAGCCUAUUGAAAGAGAGUAUCUUGACUACAAUGACGCCAAGACGGUUUUUGUUGGAGAGGCUUGUGAUGAUCUUGGGGGAGAAUUCUGUGGAUUUGAGUAUCAGAAAGGUGUCUACUAGAGGAAGAGAGACAAUACAUGUCCAGAUAUACUAAUUAAGGACCUUUUUUCUUUCUUUUUUUUUUUUUCUUUUUUAAUGUAUAUAUUUCCUACCAGUAUUAAUACUGGGUUAUGUACUGUAAUUGCAUAAUAAUUUGCCAUUAAUAUACAUAUUUAACUUUGGGAAUUUAUA